GCAGGGGUUACGUUUGCAGUCAGUCCGGUGUUUGCAAAUAUUGUGUGGGCUCGCGAGCGCGUCUCCGGGCUCCGGCGGGAUCCGAACCCGCGGCGCCUCCCUGCCGUGCGCUGAGUUUGCAUGAAACUUCGCCCGGCGCUGCAGGCUCGGCCGCGGCGCCCCCGACUGCAGACCGCGCGGCUCCCGCUUCCCGGCGCGGCCGCGACCGCCCUUCCCGCGCGACAUGGACGUGCUCCCGAUGUGCAGCAUCUUCCAGGAGCUGCAGAUCGUGCACGAGACCGGCUACUUCUCGGCGCUGCCGUCCCUGGAGGAGUACUGGCAACAGACCUGCCUGGAGCUGGAACGUUACCUCCAGAGCGAACCCUGCUACGUGUCAGCCUCCGAAAUCAAGUUCGACAGCCAGGAAGAUCUGUGGACCAAAAUCAUCCUGGCUCGGGAGAAAAAGGAGGACCCGGACCUGAAGCUUUCCUCCAGUCCCCCCGAGGAUGCUCUGAACAGCCCCGGCUUUGCUUACAACCUGGAGACCAACAGCCUGAACUCGGACGUGAGCAGCGAGUCCUCGGACAGCUCCGAGGAACUUUCUCCCACCACUAAGUUUACCUCCGACCCCAUCGGCGACGUCUUAGUCAACUCGGGCACCCUGAGCAACUCUGUCACCUCCACGCCCCCGUCUUCUCCAGAACUGAGCAGGGAACCUUCUCACCUGUGGGGCUGCGUGCCGGGCGAGCUGCAGCCCCCUGGGAAGCUGCGCAGUGGGACCGCGGGAAAGCCGGGUGACAAGGGCAGCGGGGACGCCUCCCCGGAUGGCCGGAGGCGGGUGCACCGCUGCCACUUUAACGGCUGCAGGAAAGUUUACACCAAAAGCUCCCACUUGAAAGCACACCAGCGCACUCACACAGGAGAGAAGCCUUACAGAUGCUCAUGGGAAGGGUGUGAGUGGCGUUUUGCAAGAAGCGAUGAGUUAACCAGACACUUCAGAAAGCACACUGGUGCCAAGCCUUUUAAAUGUUCUCACUGUGACAGGUGUUUCUCCAGGUCCGACCACCUGGCCCUGCACAUGAAGAGGCACCUGUGAGGGAGCAGAGCGGCGAAUCCUGCGGGCUAAAAGGCUUCCAGGCUGCGAGACAGCCGCGGAAGGAGGGUGCGCGUUCCAGCCAAAGCAUGCCAUUUUGCACCCCACCCAGCUGCCUCCAGGACCUCGACUUGGAAGGUCUUUCGAGGGCGAAAACGUCACGUCAGAAGCGGCGGAGCACCCGCGGUGUGUGGUGUUUGGGUGGCCCUGGACUCGCCCCGGGCACCUGUCUUCCGAGUGGUCCCUACGCCUUGGCCGUGAGCUUGUGCACUGAGAAUGUUUCUGGAUGGGUUGACUGUCCGCGGAGGGUCUGUUCGUUGCUGACUGUGGGACGGGGGCAAAAGAGUCUUUUUCCCUCGCGGUAGCGAGACUGCGAGAGGCAGCGAGCGCGGGGUUUGCGUGCGGUGUGUGUGAGGAGCCGACCGCCGGCCAUUUCCCGGGGCUGCGGAUCUGCGCCGUCCGGGCUCAAGAGAAAAAGAUGUUAAAAAAAAAAAAAAAAAAAAAAAAGAAGAAGAAGAAGAAGAAGAAGAAGAAGGGGAAACAUGGAGGGCGGGCGUGCGUGGUCCAGACCCCCGGUGUGGCGGAUGGCCGUGGGGAGGGAAGCCCCUUCCCCGUGUGAGAGAACUUUCCGUGUCUGGUGCAGCUACGAAAAAAAAAAAAGUGCAAUGUGUCAAGUAGCUUGUUUACUUGCUA